AUGUCUGGUCACCAUCAGCACUCUGCCACAGUGAGGAGGAGGAGGUGGGGAGUUUUAAGGCAGCAGUGGAAGCUUCUGGGCUUGUUUGAGAUCGAUCAGCAGCAUGAGUUCUACAGCCUGACCUGCAUGAUGAAGGAAGGAUUGGCAGCAGCCAUCCAAAACACCAUUGACAACGCAACUACAAAUGAAUUGUCAAAUGAUGAUUUCAGAUUAGAAGUAACUCAAAUUCAUAAGGAUUUUACAAUGGAGACAUUUGCGGGCCCUGUUUUUGCCAGCCUACGUUGCUCUUUAGGCAUGACAGAGCAGGAGUAUCAGCAGUCACUCUGCUCUGAAAACUGCUACCUCCAGUUCAUCAGCAACUCCAAGAGCAAGGCCGACUUCUUCCUGACAAAUGAUAAGCGCUUCUUUUUGAAGACCCAGAACAAUAGGGAAAUCAAAUUCCUUCUUGCCAACCUGAAGAUCUACAUGGAACAUCUGAGGAAAUACCCCCAUUCACUGCUGGUCAAGUUCCUAGGUGUUCACAGGAUCAAAAUCCCAAACAGACGGAAGAAAUACUUCAUUGUUAUGCAAAGUGUGUUUUAUCCAGAUGAUCGAAUCAAUGCCAGGUACGACAUUAAAGGCUGUGAGGUCAGUCGUUGGACAGAGCCAUCAGCAGAGGGAAGCCCUAUUGUUGUGGUUCUCAAAGAUCUCAACUUUGAAGGCCAGUUCAUCACUCUGGAUCAGCAGCGUCCCUGGCUCCUGCGACAGGUGGAGAUCGACACACACUUACUCUGGAGGCUCAAUGUGUUGGACUAUAGUCUCCUCCUGGCCCAUCAACCAUUACACCAUGAUGAGCGCCAUCACAGUCUUUCCUUUGCAAAUUUCAUCAUGAGAGCCAAAAGAUCUGUGAAUCCAGGUUCCAGCCCUGUCCACACAGGUGUAGUUUCUGUCCCCGGGGAAAUCCCAGGUGAUGACUCCAUCUUACUUUUAUCUGAAACGGAUGGCGGGUGUUUGAAGAAACUACAAACAGGAGAUGCAUCAAGUGGUAACAACUUUGAAAUGUGCCAAAAGCAUGCUGGGCCAGGCAGUGAUGCUACUGAGCUUCCUGACUUCAGGGCCCAAAACCGACGUUUACUGCCCAACUUAAAGAAUCCUCUGCAUGUCAUUGAUGGGCCGGAGCAGCGCUACUUCAUCGGCAUCAUUGACAUUUUCACAGUUUACAGUUUUAAGAAGAGGCUGGAGCAUUUGUGGAAGAGGCUGAGACAUCCGGGCCGGUCUUUCUCCACAGUCAGUCCACAGAUUUACUGCCUCAGGCUAUGUCAGUGGGUACAGGACCAUACCAAGUAG